AUGGGGUUUAGGGUGAAGCCCUCGGCGCUGCCCCACAGCGGGGCUAUAAAGGCAGUGGGGCGGCCACGUCCUGCACCAGCCCCGCUCCCCUGCACGCCUCCGACACAGGAAGGACGAGGAUGGGACCAGCCUGCGUUCCUCUGCCUGCUGGGUCUCCUGUCUCUGCCCUCGCUGCCAGGGGUGCAGGCCAACAAGUGCCCCAAGGGCUGGCUGGACUUCAGGGGGAGCUGCUACGGGUACUUCGGGCAGGAGCUCACCUGGAGGAAGGCAGAGGCUUGGUGCAAGGUGAUCCACACCGGCUGCCACCUGGCCUCCCUGCACAGCCCCGAGGAGCACGCGGCCGUGGCCAGGUUCAUCGCCAAGUUCCAGCGCAGAGAGGAGGAGGACAAUGUCUGGAUCGGCCUCCACCACUGGAACCAAGCCCGGGUGUGGAUAGACGGCUCCAAGAAGCGCUACUCCGCCUGGGACGACGACGAGCUCCAGGGGAAGUACUGCACGGUGCUGGAGGGCUCCUCGGGUUUCAUGUCGUGGGAGGACAACUCCUGCAGCGAGAGGAACCCCUUCGUCUGCAAGUACUCUGCCUAGAAGCAGGGACCACCAGCGAGCUGCCCCCCGGCCCUGCCGUCCUCCUGCACCCCGCGUCCCCCCAGCCCCUCUGCCUGCAACCCCGGACCCUCGGCGCCCCCCCGCUCCCAUUGCCCUCGCUGUGCCCGUGG